AUGGCCAAACUGGUGGAGUGUGUCCCCAAUUUUUCAGAGGGGAAUAACAAAGAGGUGAUUGAGGCGCUGGGGCAAGCCAUCUCCCAGACGCCUGGCUGCGUGUUGCUGGAUGUAGAUGCUGGGCCCUCUACUAAUCGCACUGUCUAUACCUUUGUGGGAGCCCCAGAAGCUGUUGUUGAAGGAGCACUGAAUGCGGCCCGAGUGGCUGAGCAGCUCAUUGACAUGAGUCGGCACACGGGUGAACACCCUCGUAUGGGGGCCCUGGACGUUUGCCCCUUUGUGCCAGUUAUGAACGUGAGCAUGGAGGAGUGUAUUGCCUGCGCCUACAACUUUGGGCAGCGUUUGUCGACAGAGCUGGGGGUGCCUGUUUACCUGUAUGGAGAGGCAGCACGGCAGGAGAGCAGGAAAUCCCUGCCAGCCAUUCGUGCCGGAGAAUACGAGGCACUCCCCGUAAAGCUUGUGAAACCGGAAUGGGCUCCUGAUUUUGGGCCUCCCACCUUUGUCCCCCGGUGGGGGGCCACAGUGACAGGAGCCCGGACCUUCCUUAUUGCAUACAACAUCAACCUGCUCUGCACCAAGGAGCUGGCUCACCGCAUUGCCCUCAACAUCCGGGAGCAGGGCCGUGGCACUGACCAGCCCGGGCGCUUGAAGAAAGUCCAAGGAAUUGGCUGGUAUUUGGAGGAAGAGAAUAUAGCCCAGGUUUCGACAAACCUCCUGGACUUUGAGACCACACCACUCCACGAAGUCUAUGAGGCGGUCUGCCGAGACGCAGAGGAUCUGAAGCUCCCUGUGGUGGGGUCCCAGCUGGUGGGGCUUAUCCCCAAGAAGGCCAUGCUGGAUGCAGCUGAGUUUUACAUCAAGAAGGAAAACCUUUUCAUCCUGGAGGAGGAACACAAGUUAAGGCUGGUGAUCAGCCGUCUGGGCCUGGAUUCCCUGUCUCCAUUUAACCCCCGGGAGCGUGUCAUUGAGUACCUAGUACAGGCAGGAGAAGCAGACAAGGGGCUUGUGGCCAAGCCGCUGUAUGCCUUCGUGCGAGCAGUUGGCGGGAGGUCAGCGGCACCGGGAGGAGGCUCUGUGUCUGCAGCUGUGUCUGCGCUGGGAGCAGCGCUGGGCUGUAUGGUGGGGCUGAUGAGCUAUGGGAAGCGGCAGUUUGAGCAGCUGGAUGCUGUCAUGAGGAAGCUGAUUCCCCCCUUCCACCAGGCCAUGGAUGAACUGGUGGCCAUGGUUGAUGCCGAUUCCCGUGCCUUCAGCAGCUACAUGGAAGCUAUGAAGCUGCCAAAAAGUACCCCUGAAGAGAGGGUGAGGCGUGCAGCUGCCAUGCAGCAGGGGCUGAAGACGGCGGUGGAAGUACCCUGUGCCCUGGCAGAGAAGGUGAAUGGACUCUGGCCUGCAUUAAAGGAGAUGGCAUGCCACUGCAACCUGGCCUGCAAAUCUGACAUCCAGGUGGGAGCCAAGAUGCUGGAAGCUGGUGUGUAUGGGGCCUAUUUCAAUGUCAUGAUCAAUCUCAAAGACAUAACAGAUGAGAAGUUCAAGCAAAUGAUGUCCCAGAAGGUCUCCGGGCUCCUGGAAGAGGCGAAGCAGAGCUUGGCACUUGUGCUGGCACUGCUGGAGAAGCGGGCAGUGUGA